UUUAUGAAUAAAAGUGUAUUGGUGCUUAAAAAUAAAUUACUGUUGUAAUUGUUGUUUCUAUAUAUAUUUUAAAUAUAGGAAGGAUUGACAGCAACAAGGUUAAGUGAUAGGAUUGAGUAGAGGAAGCUACAGCACAAAUAGUUGUACGAGGAAAUCCAUACAAGUCAGCUCGGAACAAUCAAAGCGCUAGCAGUGAUGUAAAGAAUGUGAUAAGUCGGGCUAUUGAUCUAUUAUUAUGGCUCAUGUUUUGAUAUACGCAAAUUAGACUCCAUAAAGCAAAUCAUGCUUUAAACCAAGGUUGGGUAAAUAUGCCAAAAACAUUUCAGCAUAAGCACGUUAAGUUAAAAAUAUAACACUAUAUUGAGAACUUUGUCACAGGAAAUUCUUUAACAAAAGCUGAUGGCUUAUGAAAUGAAAAUCGGUGAUGAAAAAAAUAUUUUUGAAAACAUCGAAGAAUUAUCUGAAUAUGUCAGCGAUAUUUUAAACUGCGUGGGCUACAGCAAUAAUAUUAUCAAUCUCCGUCGAGAAUUCUGGAGAGAAAUGGACAAUAAAAGGAGAAAAGAGUCUGAAAGGGACAAUAGGAUUACCACAGGAAGUAAAGGCGAAGGCUUAUCAGCUCCAUAUGAAAGUGAUACAGACAGAUUAUAUAUUUACAAUUAUGCCAUUUGUAGACUUGCAGAGGAUAUUGAAAACAAUACGAAACACUUAGCAGAGAUUGUCAUGGAACAAGGGAUUUGCCAUGCAGGUUAUUUCAAACUGAAACUGAAAACAGUCUUGAUAGAUGAACGCCCUAGGCAUCGAUUCCGAAAAUCGAUUGUUGAUAUUAAUGGGGUAUCAUAUAUAUCAAGUAACCACUAUACUAGAGAAUUGAUAUCAGAUGCAAAAAGUAUUUUGUCAGGGCCAGCGGCAACGGAGGGCGACGAAUAUCUGAGCUGGGAUUAUGUCAACGCACUCCGCUGUACCAGUCAACAAAGUAUUCUUUUAGAAUGGACCUCGAGGGACCGACCACAUGGAUGGCCUUCACAAAGUGUGAUUCAAAUGAUAAUUGAUCAGGAAGCUCAAAUGGUUCCAGUUGGGUUUAUAGGAAGUGGGGAAAGAGACAUGGAGUGGCGCGUGAGCUUUGUUCAGGGAGAGCAAACACUAACGGACAGUUUGAAUGAGUUCCAGUAUCAGGUUUAUAUUUUAUUAAAACAUAUCAAAACUGUUAUGCUUGCCCCUAUUUGCGAUGAAAUGUCUUCAUUUGUUAUGAAAAAUGUUACAUUUUGGUACAUUGAAAACAACUCAACUGACACAUUUUCAAAGCAAAAUCUACUGACAAAUGUGUGUGCCUGUUUGACAUUAUUGAAAGAGGCAAUACUCCAAAAACGCCUACCAUAUUAUUUUAUUAAAGAGCGAAACCUGUUGCAACAAAGGAUAAAAGAUCCAGAAAAACAACAAUCAUUGAUUCGAAAGCUAGAUGAACUAAAAAAGCACCCUAUGCAAAUAUUCGAUUGUCCUAAACUGCAGUCAGCUUUGAGAUUUACUCGGAGGAAGUUAGCCGAAAAAGGUCGCUGGAGAGACGAUCUCGAGGAAAUGUUUCUGAAGAGCGACAAUAUUUGGAGAAAAGACAUUCCAUACAGAAAAGAGAAAGAAGCUACACGUGAACUGAUGAAAGACGCUAGUCUUCAUAGUGUUAAUGAUGAAAUCCGUGAUAUGGUUUGGCCAAAUUGGCGCGAAUACGAAGGAAAGGAUAUAUACGAGCAACUUGCCCGACGUGUGAAGACAGAACUGUCAUAAUAUCAAUUGAAAUACAUACCAACAAAAGCUGCCACUUAAACAGCACGCUCUUUUUUUCACAGCUGUUCACCAAAAUUCCUCAGUGGAUAUAAUAAAGCGCCAUCAUUUGUAUUGGAUGAAUGCUAUCUGACUUCAUUAGUUUACUACGUUGGAUUGUUGGGAUGUCUUGUAUAAAGUUUCAAUGCAAUACACCAAGCAAUGUCGCAUAUAUUAACUUAUGUCAGCCUUCAUGUAAAAAACAUAACCAGUGUUUUAGUUGAAAGAACAUGUCUAAAUAUUAAAUGUAAAUCAUAAUAAAACCUUUACUGAGA